AUGAGGCGCGGCCAGAAAUGCACCCUGACUGCGACUGGGGGCAUACGCAAUGAUACCUGCUUUCAAGGAACGGUGCCCGACUACUAUGUGGAUGCCCAGUCAGUCGAGGAUAUCCAGAAGAGUUUGCAGUUUGCUCAGCAGUACAAACUUCCCGUCACUGUCAAGAAUACUGGCCAUGAUUAUAGGGGCGGAAGCGCAGGUGUCAAUACGUUUGCCAUCUGGACGCACAACUUUGCUCCUGACCCAGUGAUUACCGAGAACUUCACUCCUGACGAGUGUCCCAGCCCUGUCGGACCUGUCGUGACAUAUCAUGCCGGCCAAAUCGGCACCCACUUGUACAACAGCCUUCAGGGAACCGGUUAUAUGAUCGUCGCUGGAUCAUGUCCUUCUGUUGGACCUUCUGGAGGAUGGAUCGCUGGCGCUGGCCACGGCAUCUUCACGCCGUCUUUUGGCCUCGGCGUGGAUAAUGUCCAACAAAUGAAAGUUGUACUGCCCAACGGAACAUACGUAACAGCCAACCGAUGCCAGAAUAAAGACAUCUUCUUUGCUCUCCGUGGCGGUGGUGGAGGUACCUUUGGAGUAGUGACAGAAACUACCACUAAGCUUCACCCAGACCAGGAAUACUCGUAUGCGUUCGUGCAAUUACCUGUACCGGACGUUCGCACAGCUAACGAAGUUUUGGUUGCAAAUGCUGAGAGGUGGUCUGAAGAGGGCUGGGGAGGUGUUUACGGAGUGCUGGACGUCGCGGGUAGCCCCAACCUUGUAUGGCUCGGCUACAAUGCGAACCUCAACCUCGACGAGGGCAAGGCUUCUCUGAAGCCAGUGACUGACUACCUCAAGUCCCUGCCAGGCAGCGAGCACUUGAUUACCGACUUUAGGACCCUGCCGAAUCAAUUUACCGCACAGAAUGAUCCCGCAUUGCUCUCCAUUCUCUUGCCUGAAGCCGGAGUUUCUUUGACUCGAUCAUCUAGAUUGGUGCCCAAGAAGAAUUUCCAGACUGCCGAUGGGCAAAAGGCGCUGGUUGACGCUCUCAUGGCUAACAAGUUCGGCUGGGGAGCUGUCAUUGCAUCUCCAACCAACUAUACUUUGGCCGAGUCAGACCAACCUGGCGGCCCGGGCGAGUCUUCGGUGUCACCAGCAUGGAGAGAUUCCGUGUGGCAUCUGACUUACACAACGACUUGGGAUCCAGCAGACCCAGAUGCCACCAGCCCUGAAGCUCUCGCGAGCAUGUUCCAGGAGAUGAGCGAGGCAAUGGACCCCAUACGUGCCAUUACCCCUGGCGCUGGCGCGUACCAGAACGAGGCUGAUGUUUAUGAGCCUGAUCCUAUUGGGUCGUUCUGGGGCGAAAAGAACUAUGCUCGCCUUCUUACCAUCAAGAAGCAGCUUGACCCGGAUAACUUGCUGUCGUGCUGGAACUGCAUUGGGUGGAACGUGAAUGAUGAACGACACGAGUGCUAUCUCAAUGUGAGAGGCAUCGGGCCGUCAAACUGA